CUCUUGUCCUGGCGCGCAAUUCGCUUUGUGACAGCCUCCCCUUCGCGUUACUGUUCUAAGAUACCCUCUUGCUUCGCGUUCCGAGUCUCCUUGCGCGAGCCUUGCAUUGUAUUGAAUCUUGGAUAUUUGCUGGAAAUUUGUCUUUUCUUCUAUCCACAUGCGCGCCGCGCUCCUACUCCCCUCGUUCUGGUGAACGUAGACAUUUCUGCUCCGCCCACUCCCUUCCUCCGACGCUUCUGAAUCCUCCGUCAACGUCGCAUCCCCUACAAACACCCCGCAAUCAUGGCGCUUCAUCGACGUUUCAUACCGAUAUUAGCCCUUGUAUCGGUAGCGGUGCUUUUCCUCCUCUACCAAAGCAUCACGGUGCGCGAGACACUGCGCGGAUUGCCACAAAAGAUCGGCCUGGGAGACGUCACAGGGGACGAGACGCGGGUACCCAUAAAUGAUGAUUUACCUCCGAAGAGUAACGGGACCGCGAAACACACGCCCGUAAAUCCAGAGGACAAGGACUAUGUGAACUGGAACCCCAAGCCCGUGUUCAAGGGCGGAAGCCCCAGGCCUGAGAACCACAACUACACCACCACCUUCGUAGUAGCCAGAACAAUAGACGAGGAUAUAACUUGGAUAAAAGAAAACAUCCCCGACCUCAACACCGCCAUAUACGUCGCCGACGACCCCUUCGCCCCGCUCCACCCGCCCAAGAAUAAAGGCCACGAAGUCAUGAUUUACCUCACCUACAUCAUUGACCACUACGACGACCUGCCCGACGUCUCCAUCUUCAUGCACAGCCACCGUUACACCUGGCACAAUGACGACAUCCUCGACAGCGACGCCGUCGUCAUGCUCAAGCGCCUCAACCGCGCUCGCGUCUGGCGCGAGGGCUAUCAUAACAUGCGCUGCAGCUGGGACCCUGGCUGCCCGGACUGGAUGCACCCGGGCGAAGUCGAGGAAGACCAGUUCCGCCAGGAGCAGUCGCAGCUCGCGAAGUCUUGGUCCGAGCUGUUCCCGCUCGACGAGGUCCCCUCCGUCCUCGCGCAGCCCUGCUGCGCGCAGUUUGCGCUUUCCAGCGAAAGGAUUCGCGCCCGCCCCCAGGCCAGCUACGUCUGGUAUCGCGACUGGCUGCUGCGCACGCCGCUGGGCGACUUCAUCUCCGGCCGCAUCUGGGAGUACGUGUGGCAGUUUGUGUUCACGGGGAGCAACAUCUUCUGCCCGAAGCCGCACAUGUGCUUCUGCGAUGGGUACGGGGUGUGCUUUGGCGGGGAGGACAAGUUUACAGAGUGGAUCGACACGCGAAAUCAGAUGCGGAAUAUCGAGGGCGAGCUGCGAGACUGGGAGGAGAAGGGACGGAAUAUCGAGGAGGCCGAGGCCGAGGGGCGCACGAAGGAGGCGGAGCAGCUGGAGAAGCCGGAACCGGGAAAGGAUAAGAAGCUCAAGCAGGCGAUCGAUGAGCUCAGGCCGAUCGUGGAGAAGAGACGCAAUGAGGCAUUUGAGCGCGGGAUGAAUGAUCCUGAGGCCAGAGCGAAGGAGAUUGGGAGGAAGUGGAAGGAGGGGGAUGGAUUUUGAGGGGUGAAUGCAUGUUUUUCGGUUCUCCAAAAUCCAGCCAUUGAGCGAGCUAUUUGAUGGUGGCGCGUUGAGUUGUUCAUGGAGUUUAAUGGGUCGGGGCGCCUGCAUUGGGUAUUGAGGCUUGGGUUGUUCGUUCUAUUGGAUACGGCUUCACCGAGAGGUCUCCUAUGCAUCAGUUGGGUUCUCUGAGGCGUUUGUGCGCGCUAAAUGUAUAUCUUGGAGCGUAUCAAGCAGUGCAAAAUGAAGCAAGAUAGGUUUAUAUCGGAGCGGCUUCUAUGAAGCAAUCGAGUAGAAUUGGGUCCUCUUUAGAGUUCAAUCUCGACAGUCUAUCCAAAUCAACUCCCUCUACAAAUCAGAGGCUCACCC